CGGCGGCGGCGCGAGCCCUCCGCGCCCUCCUCGCGGGCCUCUCGCCGCCGCCGCUCUCCUCCGCCUCAUCUCCGCUCCUUCCGAACGCGCCGCGCGCGGGAUCCACCCUUACCUCCCGCUCUUGACAGCCCGGCUAACUCCCGUUCAUUCUUCAAAACCCACCCGCCUCUGGUGGUAUCUUGCUUCUUAUCUUCAUUAGUCCGUGGCCUCCGGCAUAGGAUCCGCGUUUCGUGUUUAAUCUCUGGCCACAUCAGACCCAGCACAAAGCUUGGCACCGCGUGGGCGAUUAGGAGGUGUUUGUUGAAUGAGAACGUCCUAUUUCUUUACUUUCUCUGUGGCCCCUCCCAUCAGGUGCUGGGGAUCAAACAGUGAACAAAACACGAAAACUCCUGUCAGGCCGGCGAGGGUCAUUGCCACUACCUCGUUCCUCCCGUGACCUUUCCUUUCCUUUCCUUCUAGCUGUACCUCUUCCCCUUUGUUUAAUCACCCCGUCUUUCCAUGAACAAUUUUCCUUCCCACUCGCUUUUUGCCUUAGGAACAUAAAAACCUAUUCUUAGAAACAAACACAUUCUCCUAAAAUUUGUUUGACCCACCAGCUCCCCAUUGUUGCCCGUUUUCUUUGAAUCCAGAUUGGUUCCCUUCUCUCUGACCCCACUUGAUUGGAUUUGUUCUGUCUGGCCAUCUGCUCCCUGACCUCCUGGGAGCAAUAUUCAGCUGUCACCUGUCCUAGGCCUGCCUCAGCCCCCCUCAAUGACACCCCAAACCCACUGCCACCUCUCUCUUUUACUUCUCUCCUUAUGAUUUCUCACCGUCUGACACCCCCAUUUUAGUGAACAUGACCUGUUUCUCCCCACUGGCAUGUGAGCAUGGUGGGGGCAGGGCAUAGUUUCCUUGGUGCCUACUGUGGGGCUUGGCGAGUAGCCCGUUCUCCAUCAGUGUUUGCUGAAUGAAUGAAAGGUACAUGAAGCAGGUAGUUUUGGCAUCCUUGUCGUCCACCCUCCUGCCUUCAUUCCAUCCUUGCUGCCUUGUCUUGUUAGGAAGUGGGGCUUCCAGUCCCACCCCUCUCAGAUCUUUUGCUGUAGACCUUGUCUUUAAUUCUGGCCGUGGGCUUCUGUGAGGGAACCACUGUGGAGGGCCUGAUGGGUAAGAAUCCAUCCUAAUGGCCAAGCACAGGCGCCCUCUGCCCUGGGGGUGGGGGCCUGGUGGGCUCUCUUGGACAGGAAGCGAUGGGACGCUGAGUUGAGAUGUCUGAUCAGGGUGGGCCUCAGGAUCAAGAUGGGUAUUUAGAGAACAGAAGUGCCAACUCAUCCAUGGUGCUCAGUUCCAUUAGUGUAUGAUUAGUCCACUGCGUUAUACAUUAGUUCCAUGUGAGACGGGCUGGCCCGUUUUAGAAGUUUUCUUUAGUCGAUGGCUUUGUGUGUGGAUUAGGCUGCAGGUGAGGGUGGGAUUUUGGGAGGAGUCUAGCUUGUUUGGGGUUCAUGGCAUCCUUUGGGGGAAAGGCGUGGAAGGGGUGGGGUGUUUGAUUCCAGGGGGACAUGUGGAAUCCCUCUCUAGGGGAGGACAGGCUGUCUGGAAUGGUUUGACUGAUGACCCAGAGGGGUUCCUCUGGUGCCGACCUAACCAGGCGCAGGGGAGGAGGAGUUCAGCGCGGUUUGUGAAGGAGGGAGGGCACACUGGGCUUUGUCCGAAGUUGGUCCUUGCUGAAGUUUUCCAUGCUGCUCCACCGCGCCCUCUGCUGUCCGAGACGGGGCGUUUCCAGCAUCCUUGUUUUCCUCUUGAGGCUAGUUCCUGUUAACAGCACAGAACUGAACUCCAGAUGGAAUACUUCUUUCUAGAAACUAAUUGGUAACCGUUUCGUCAUGUAUGACGGUUCAGAAUUUUAGGAAAAUCUUUUUUUAGGAAGGGGAAACUCCCUGCUGUGUGAGUCAGUGUGUUGGAGUGAAACUGGCAGAUUUGGAGGACACCCUCAGCACCUCCGCCUUGCCUUGUGGGUCUGUCCCUCCAACUGGCUUAGAGUGGAGAUGGGAUAUCUGGGGGAGAGCGUUCCAGAGAGAAUACAAGGAAGGACUGGAGCCCAGGAAGAGGGCAAAGGCAUCUUUCGAGUCCCGAGUCUUUCUGUCCAGGCAUCGUGUCUACAGGUAGUUUGCCCUCGGAGGACAGCAGGAAACGGUGUCUUCAAUGGCUUCAUUGGUGGCUUAUGAGGACUCGGACUCCGAGGCCGAGAGCGAGCCUGCGGGAAGCGUGGAUGCUGCUGGCCAGAGGAGGGACUCCGGUGAUAGGGUCCAACCUCAUGGCCAGGAUUUCGCACCGGGAGUCCUGGCCGGGACAAGAGGCACGCUGCCCACAGAGCACGGUUCCUGUGAGGACCCAGCCGGCCAGCGUCUCCCACUGGCUCGGCUCUGGAGGAGCCCAGGAUCUUGCCCCAGCCAGAGGCUACAGUGGCCCAGGACAGAGCCCCAAGUCACCUUCCCCACCAGCGAGCCUCCUCGUCCUUCCCUGUGUGCCAGCCACGCUCCCGCUGGCCAUGUACCCUGGGCAGCCGCCCAUGGUAAGCAGAUGAAACUCUCUUGGGGAACUUACGACCCUCCCGAGCCACCUUUGCAUGCCCGACCCAAAUCGGAGCCCCCAGGAAAAAGUGGCAGCUCUCUUCAUAAGAAGAGGCCAGAGGACUGCAUUGUACCCUACACCCCGAAAAGACUGAGGCACUUGCAAGCAUUAAGCACAGAAACAGGCAAGAACAAAGAUGCGGAGGCCCAGGGUCCUCUGCGCGCCCCCCGCCCUCUGUGCACGGCCCCCCACGUGUCCGAGUUCAUCCAGCCGUACCUGGGCACCCCAUAUAAGGAGACCCUGAUUUCCCAGAGGGUGCUCUUCUACCUGCGAGGCCACAAGGGCCCCGUCAGCAGCAUCCAGUGGUGCCCUGUCUUCUCAAAGAGCCACCUGUUCCUCUCGGCUUCUCUGGAUAAAACCUUCAAGGUGUGGAAUGCGGUGGACUCGGGGAGAUGCCUGCAGACCUACUCUCUGCACAGUGAGGCGGUGCGUGCUGCCCGGUGGUCUCCCUGCGGCCAGCGCGUCCUUACCGGAGGCUUCGACUGCGCUCUGCACCUCACAGACCUGGAAACAGGAACCCAGGUAUUCAGUGGUCAGAGUAACUUCAGAGUCACUACCUUGAAAUUUCACCCGAAAGACCACAACCUUUUUGUGUGCGGGGGCUUCAGCCCUGAGGUCAAAGCCUGGGACGUGAGGGCCGGCAAGGUGGUGAGGAGCUACAAGGCGACCAUCCAGCAGACCCUGGACAUCCUCUUCCUUCGCGAGGGCUCGGAGUUUCUGAGCAGCACGGAUGCCUCGAGCCGGGACUCUGCUGACCGUACCAUCAUCGCCUGGGAUUUCCGGAGCUCCGCCAAAAUCUCCAACCAGAUUUUCCACGAGAGGUACACCUGCCCCAGCCUGGCCUUGCACCCGCGGGAGCCCGUGUUCCUGGCCCAGACCAAUGGCAACUACCUGGCCCUCUUCUCCGCCGUGUGGCCCUACCGGAUGAGCAGAAGGCGGCGCUACGAAGGGCACAAGGUGGAAGGCUACGCGGUGGGCUGCGAGUGCUCCCCCGACGGAGACCUGCUGGUGACAGGCAGCGCGGACGGCCGGGUCCUGCUCUACUGCUUCCGCACGGCCAGCCGGGCACGCACGCUACACGGGCACACGCAGGCCUGCGUGGGCACCACCUUCCACCCUGUGCUGCCUUCCGUCCUCGCCACCUGCUCCUGGGAGGGUGACAUCAAGAUCUGGCACUGAGCCUUCCAGCGCUGCGCCCCUGGACAGACAUGGUCGCCCCCGGCACCCCGGGGGUGGGUGGGACUAAAUACCGAGGCUGGCACUCCUCCCCGGGUCCUCGGCGCCUCUGAAAUGGGGCCAGGAGCCUUCUGUCUCAGCUGUGAGGCUGGGAAGUGAGCGCCUGGCACACUGCUCGUGCCGCCCAGUAAACACCGCGUCUCGCUGUUUCGUAGGUGACUUCAGCG